CCGGCACUGCUGCUCGCUUGGGCGCAGCACUGGUCGUCGAGGAGUCGCCUGAGCCGCGCAGCCAGCCGGAUUUCCCGUCAGGCUUUCGCGCCCGGUGCUCCCGCAGCGGCGGCUGGAGGACGGGGGCGUUCCGGCUUAGGAGGACCCCGCCGCGGCCCCGGAAGCGCCUCAUUAGGGGUGGCCGGGGCGCGGCGGCCGCCGUGAUGGCUGCGGGGCUGGGCAGCUGAUUCCCGCGCGAGGAGCGGGCCCAGCGCCCAGAAUCUCGGCGGCCACUGCUCGAGCGCCGCCUGCGCCAUGGCCACCUCCGCCGCCUCCUCGGAGCAUUUCGAGAAGCUGCACGAGAUCUUCCGCGGUCUCCAGGAAGACCUACGAGGGGUGCCCGAGCGGCUCCUGGGGACGGCAGGGACCGAAGAGAAGAAGAAGUUGAUCAGAGAUUUUGAUGAAAAGCAACAGGAAGCAAAUGAAACGCUGGCAGAGAUGGAAGAGGAACUACGUUAUGCACCUCUGUCCUUCCGUAACCCUAUGAUGUCUAAGCUCCGAAACUACCGGAAGGACCUUGUCAAACUCCAUCAGGAAGUGAGAAGCACACCUUUGACAACCACACCUGGAGGACGAGGAGACAUGAAAUAUGGCACAUACGCAGUAGAGAAUGAGCAUAUGAAUCAGCUGCACUCUCAAAGAGCAUUGCUUCUGCAAGGCACUGAAAGUCUGAACCGAACCACCCAGAGUAUUGAGCGUUCUCAUCGGAUUGCCAUGGAGACUGACCAGAUUGGCUCAGAAAUCAUAGAAGAGCUGGGAGAACAACGAGAGCAGUUGGAACGUACCAAGACUAGGCUGGUAAACACAAGUGAAAACUUGAGCAAAAGUCGAAAGAUUCUCCGUUCAAUGUCCAGAAAAGUGACGACCAACAAGCUGCUGCUCUCCAUGGUCAUCUUACUGGAAUUGGCCAUCCUGGGGGGCCUGGUUUACUACAAAUUCUUUCGCAAGCACUGAACUCUUCAUAGGGAGGGCUUCGUGGACCAGAACUUUGACCCUGUGAAAGAAGGGUGUUGGGGAUGUGGAGUAAGUGCGUUGCUGCUGCAGGGUAGCAGUUGAAGGAUGCAUAGUGCAGCCAGACUCUGGGAGGAGGGAGGAUGGAAAGCCAAUUAAAUGUGAAGGAACAGCAACAAGACCAGUGUGAUAUACCAAGGUAAUAAAUGGUGUUUAUGACUUCUU